UCCCGCCGUUUGUUUAGGCUUGGGGAUCUGUAAUGUGUAGUGUGUGGCAGGCUUGCGCCAGGCCUACUAGCUGAAAUACGGUCUGGGAUACAGCUAUCGGACGCCUAGGCGUAUCCUAUUCUGCCCAUACUACUUGCCUAUUCGCGUGCGUCCAGGAAGACUGGCCCAUGGGUGCUGGUUCGAAACGGCACAGGUGAAGGAAUCCCAUGCGAACCCAUCCUCUUGCCUUACCAUGUGGACCAGACCAGAGCUCUUGUUCCGGUGACGCACUCUCUUUCCCUCGCCCUCCUCCCCCCUCCCUCUCUUCUCGUCUGUGCGGUGGUUAUCGUCGGCAAACGCGCUCCCCGACCGAAGCGACGAACGGAGCGCUCGUCCUCUUCCACGCUGGCGGCCAAACCACCCGGAUCCAGCGUCAUCUUCCACUCCGGCAGCCGAAUCACCUCGAGUUUGCGGAACACCGGAUCUGCUCAGGAGUAGGGUUUCAUUGAGACUUUGAGAGCUAACCUGCCAAUCGAGAGGCAUAUGCAAGUAAGGUUUACACCUGGGUGAUUUUGAUCAAUUUGGCGAAGCUCUGUACAAAGCUGGUGCAUAUCGAAGGGCCACAGGUGUACAACCCGCCCCCAAAGAGGUCAUUUGCCGAAGGCUCCAAGGAAAUUGCCGAAAUGCUGCUGCGACGCAUCGACCGACAAACACGGUUAAAAGGGAGGAAAGCGCGGCUCCUUUCGGAGCACCUGCUGCUGCGGAUGCAACCACUACAGGUGCAGGUGCUGGUAUGCUUACAAAUCGACAGGAUUUGCACCCAUCAGGAUUUGUUGCCAAACUUAGGAAGCAGCUUUCGCGUACCUUCUUGGCUUGUGGCUUUGAUGGUUCGAAAAAAGAGGUGAAGGAUUCUACUAGCACAACAAAGUUAAGUGAUGUCAAGGGAGUGGAUGACGCGAAAGCCGAGCUCGAGGACGUACUGCUGUGCCUGCGGGACCCCAAGCGUUUCGCACACCUCGGCGGCAAGCUUCCAAGAGGUGUCGUGCUAGUCGGCGGGCCUGGCGUGGGGAAGACAAUGCUGGCAAGGGCGAUGGCCGGGGAAGCCGGCGUCCCGUUCUUCACGUGCAGAGGCAGCGAAUUCGAGGAGAAGCAUGUGGGUGCUGGGGCUAAAAGGGUGAGGGAGCUCUUCACUACAGCAAAGAAGCGAUCUCCUUGCAUAGUGUUCGUCGAUGAGAUUGAUGCCAUUGCUGGGAGCAGGAGCUCGCAAGAUUCAAAGUCGCACAGACACACCGUUAAUCAGCUGCUCGUCGAGCUAGAUGGCUUGGAGCGGAAUGACGGGUUGAUCGUGGUCGCGGCGACCAACAACCUCGAGUCACUGGAUCAAGCCCUUGUUAGGUCUGGGCGUUUCGACCGUCACAUUCAGAUUCAUUAUCCAAAUGUUGAGGGCCGACGGCAGAUCCUUGAGGCUCAUAUGUCAAAGGUGUUGAAAACCAAGGAUGUGGAUCUUCUGACCAUCGCGAAGAGGACAUCUGGGUUGUCAGGUGCAAACCUGGCAACCCUGGUGAACGACGCCGUUCUCAAGGCUGUUAAGGACGGGGCAGAAGCUGUUGCGACGCAUCACCUGGAGUAUGCCACAGACAGGAUUCUAGUGGACGGUGAGCGCAGAUCAGUGGCGAUGCCUGAUAACUGCAAGAGGAUGACCACGUACCAUGAGGCAGGGCAUGCCAUCGUUGCUAUCCACACGGAUGGCGCUGAUCCCGUCCACAAGGCUACCAUUGUUUCCAGGGGUGAUUUUCUUGGCAUGGUGUGGCAGCUGCCGGAGGAGGGCGAUGAGUAUAUAUUCUCAAGGAAAAAGAUGCAGGCAGGACUGGAUGUCCUCAUGGGAGGCCGGGCGGCUGAGGAGGUUAUCUUUGGUGAGAGCGAGGUGAGCUCCCUCACCCUGACUGACCUGGGCGAGGCGACCCAGCUGGCGACGGACAUGGUUGCCAGGUAUGGCAUGAGCAAGCAGGUCGGCCCUGUCUCCUAUGACAACAACGACGGCAGUUGGAACGCCAAGACCAUGAGCUGGAACUCGACAACCAUGGUGGACCAGGAGGUGAAAGAGUUGUUGAGCAAGGCUUAUGAGAACGCAAAGACAAUCCUAGCGGCGCACAAGCGGGAGCUCCAUGCGCUCGUUGUCGCCCUCCUGGAGCACGAGACCCUGACCGGAGACCAGAUCACGGCGCUCCUGAAUGAAACUCUCGCCAACCGUGAAACCGGCAUCGAUUGGCCGCAAGAGGAAGAAGAAGUAAAUGAAUGGUCUAAUCGGUAGAAUCAGGAAACACGACCUUCUUCAUCCUAACACUUCGGAGACUAGACUAACAGUUUUUUCCUUGCAAUGAUUUUCUUCUUCUUUUGGUUCAUUAUUUGUUGCAUAUAACACAAAUGUGAAGAUUUACGUUCUGGAUUUCUCUGGCCUUUUCUCCUUUCCUACUAUAGAAUGUGAUUUGUUUUGGCAUA